AUCGCGCGAACGCCAUUUCCCGGCAGGCUGUGCGGAUCGGGACCUACUGAAAUGAGCUCGACGGAGAAUCACCCACGGGGGAGCAAGAGGAGACCGGGGGGAGAGACACCUACCGGGGGCCCUAGCUCUGUGAGCUAUAAGGACACUGACCUUGGAAGUGACGAACGCAAUCAGAAAUUCCUACGUCUUAUGGGAGCUGGAAAGAAAGAACGCACAGGGCGCCUGGGAGGCGGAGACUAUAAAGCCGUUAACUCACGUCCUACAUGUGAUCAGCCUGGUCCUGCGAGCUGGGAGAACGCCGAUCUAGGAAAUGAUGAACGCAAACAGAAAUUCCUCCGACUUAUGGGAGCUUCAAAGAAAGAACAUACUGGGCGACUGGUAAUUGGAGAUCACAAAUCUACGUCCCACUUCCGAUCAGGUGAUGAAGAUAAGAAAAUAAACGACGCGCUUGAAUACCAGUUUCAGCAAAGCAUGGACAGCACAAUGACUGGGCGGAACCGGCGGCAUUGCGGCCUGGGAUUCAGCGAGAUUGAAAGCCCAGAUGAUAAAGUUGCAGCACUGCCUGAAAAUGUCCCUGGAACAGAACAUCAUUACACAGCGCGAGGGAGCAGAGAGCAGCUACAGGCAGAGUAUUGCUCCCUCGCACACUCCUAUAAUGCUCCUGCGGCCGGCUGGCUCCAUGCUGCCUUGGCUGGCCGCCUCCAUGCACCUCAGGGGCGGCCGGCUGCCUCCAUGCACCUCAGGGGCGGCCGGCUGCCUCCAUGCACCUCAGGGGCGCACAAGCUUCUUGAACUGUUAUGUUUCAAAUGUACUAUGAUAUAUUUUUUUAUAUAUACAAUUUAUAUUUUUUUGUACCAUGUAUUAAAGAUUGAAAGCCCAGAUGAUAAAGUUGCAGCACUGCCUGAAAAUGUCCCUGGAGCAGAGCCUGCAUCAAUGUUCAGCAAUCUGAGUUCCAGUGACAGUGACAGCGAAAGCCACAGUGAUUCUAGCUCGGAGAGCGAGGAGUUAAAAAAAACGACGACAAAAGAGAGCAAGAGUGUUUCUGAGGAGGAGAAAGAGAGCAAGAGCAGCUACAAAAUGAAAUUUGUCAAAUCAAGUGUCCCCUAAGCUCCUGUUUAUUGUGGAAGGUAUUAUAUGGGGCCUCUCUCUAGCUAAUUUUUACAUGUUUGUCCUUUGUGUGGCCACUUUCACAGACUCCUGUGGGUUCUCGCUGAUCUCCGCUAAACAAACAGAAAAGUGGAUAACACACAAAUCUGUAUAAAUUGCCUCUAGGAAGGGUUAAAAUGUAAUAAAUUCUCUCUGUUAACCUCUAGGUGGCAGCACAUUUAGACAAUUGAGGGAUCAAUAAUAUCCAGACCUUCCAUUUAAAAUAAACACGGGUAGUGUGUGUGUACAUCCCUGAUUUAUGUCUGUACUGGGAGGCACGCACACCUUGCUUUUACACAGGCUGUUUGAAGGAAAUGGUUUUGAAUGAAAUACAGAAAGAACCGUCACUUUUGUUUGGUUUAUAUAUCCCUGGAAGAUGUAUUGUUUCUGAUAAAGCUUUGAAAUCUGUUGUA